AUGGCCGUAAGCGAGAUUGAUGUCCCUGCCGAUGCGUCGGCAGGCCCUGUCCCAUCAGCGACAUACGACCGGUUCACCAUCGCGCCCGAGGACGUCGUGGUCCACAAGUGGUCCUGCGACGCGAGCACACCCACGAGCGCUGUGGUCGUUCUGCAGCACGGUUUCGGCGAAUAUGCCGAGCGCUACCUCUCAUCACACUACAAACUGAUCCCGAAGCUGCAGGCGGAAGGUUUUGAGGUGUGGGCGCUCGACUUUUAUGGCCACGGACGAUCCCCGGGCGACCGCGGAAUGGUCAAUGUGGUGAUGGCAGUCAGGCACCACCUCGAGGUUCGAAAGCGCGCCGCCGAGCGAGGGCUGCCCGUCUUUCUGUUUGGCCACUCGCUCGGCGGCCUCGUCACGGCGGGCAGUGUCACCUCGUCGCCCGACGACAUCGCUGGUGUCGUUUUGUCCAGCCCGGUCCUGCCAGCUGCCAUGUCCGGACUGGGCCAGGCUGCGCUCCAGGUGGUCGCCAGCAUCGUGCCGAAAACCAAGGUCCCGCUUCCCGGGCCGCCACUGGACGAGCUGUGCCACGACCAGGAGCAGGUCCGGAUCCUGGUGGAAGACCCUAUGAAGUACAAAAGCGGUAUUUCGUUCUCUGUCGCGUCGACCGCGGUGAAAGUCGUCAACCUCGUGUGGGCGGCGGUGGACAAAUGGACGGCUCCGACGCUGGCGAUCCACGGCACUGCCGACUCUCGCGCUGAGCAUCGGCAGUGCCAGAGUUUCGUGGACAAGAUUGCAUCUCAAGACAAGGAGCUGUUUUCUAUCGAAGGCGGUUACCACGAACUGCUCAACGCUCUUGAGCCCGAAGAGACCUUUCGACAUGUGGUCGAAUGGCUCCAUAGCCGCAUUUCUACAUAA